UUAGUACACCGCUCAGCAGGAGUGUCGGACGCUCGGCUUCGCAGUCGCCGACUUUAGUAUUCUUCGUUUCUUUUCUUUUUCUAUUCGUUUAAUUUGUCACUCGAACUUCGUGCCACUUUAAACAUGUUAUCCUUCAUCGAAACAGAGUGAAUUCGUGUGUUACUGUGUUUACGUUUUGACUGUGUCACGUGUGGAAUCAAAUCGUACCGGUUUUCGGAGUUUUUAAGUGUUUAAAAAACGCAUACGGCCUUCAUUUACGUUAGGAGAGCCGGUUGAUCGUCAAAUUGUGCUUCCUAAGUGAUUAAACGGAAACGAGACCCGUGGGAACCUGUUUGUCUCAAAGUUUAAAAGUUGAGGAAAAGGCGGGCUUUUGAAAAGUUUUCUCGAGUUGUUCCAACUGGAUUCUUCUGGGAAGUUUGUGCUUCUGCGUGUACCGGUGUUUCAGUGGAAGUGCUCAAAACUUAAACAUAACCUAUUUUCAAAGUGGGCGCGUGUUGGACGGGCAUGCGCACUUGGGGUCAUUGAAAUUAUUAAUAAGCAGCCCGUAAUUUGAUAAACAAACCGUGACAGUGUUGUUGUAAGUGUAGUGCUGCGCUGCUAACAAGGAGUGCACGAGUGUUACAGUCGUCCGAUUUUCGAGCUUUUAAUUUAAGUUUUCAAACGGCUGGUACCGUUCACCUGUGGGAUUCCUGUGUUUUACCUGCGCGCGCACUGAUUUCUCUAUAAAGGUUGGCGCAACUAUGAUGUCCUGUCCUUUGCCACUGCCGCUGUUGCCGGCGUUACAUCCGCAACCAGCAUUAGCUUCAGACUUCCCGAUCCACAUUGGAAUAAAGAGAGGCUCCGACGAGCUUCUUUCGCAGAGUGGCGUCACCGUCAUGGCGCCCGCCGCUCCGCACCAUGCCGACAAUAACAAUCAGGACUCUGCUGCCAAGAAGGUGAAACUGGAACAAAAUGUCGGCAAGCCGUCUCGAGUCAUUCACAUACGGAACAUACCGAACGAGACGACGGAAGCGGAGAUCAUACAACUCGGAUUGCCCUUCGGAAGAGUCACCAACGUUCUAGUGCUCAAAGGCAAAAAUCAGGCGUUCCUUGAAAUGGCAGAGGAGAUAUCUGCGGUGGCUAUGGUCGCAUACUUCGGAGGAUGUGUAGCGCAGUUGCGUGGCCGAGCGGUUUACGUUCAGUUCUCCAACCACAAGGAGCUAAAAACCGAUCAGACGCACAGCAAUGCCUCAGCAUCGGCGCAAGCGGCUUUACAGGCGGCACAAGUCAUAUCGAAUAGCGCUGGUGCGGCCAUUGUUGCGGGCGGCGGUAACGCUUUGCAACCAGCUAAUGGCGGUACAGAAAUACAGGGCGGUCCCAAUACAGUACUGCGUGUCAUCAUAGAGCAUAUGUUAUAUCCCAUCGUUCUGGACGUCCUCUACUCGAUCUUCCAACGCUACGGCAAGGUGCUCAAGAUUGUAACUUUCACUAAAAACAAUUCAUUCCAAGCUCUCAUUCAGUAUCCAGACACGGUGUCGGCGCAAACAGCAAAAACGGCGCUCGACGGGCAGAAUAUCUACAACGGGUGCUGCACACUCCGCAUCGACUAUUCGAAGAUGACUUGCCUGAACGUGAAAUACAACAAUGACAAGUCGCGGGACUACACGAAUCCGACGCUUCCCUCCGGAGACGGCGACGCUCAUCAGCUGUUGACCAGCGGAGGUGUAUUGGCGCCUCAGUUCCUGGGCUUGGGUUCGGGAUUGGCUUCGCCGUAUGGUGUGGGUGUCGGUGGAGUGGGGCUCCCAGCCUUCGGAGCUCUCACUCUCACACCGGCCUCGCCCGCUCUGCGAGCCCUUGCUGCGCCACCUUUACCAUUAGCCACAGUCCUACUGGUGUCUAACCUGAACGAAGAGAUGGUCACGCCUGACGCUCUCUUUACCCUUUUCGGCGUGUAUGGUGACGUGCAACGGGUGAAGAUACUUUACAACAAGAAGGAUUCGGCUUUGAUUCAGAUGGCAGAACCGCACCAGGCCCAUCUAGCCCUGACCCACAUGGACAAGUUACGCGUGUUCGGCAAGGCGAUGCGCGUUAUGCUAAGUAAGCACCAGACUGUUCAGCUCCCUAAAGAAGGACAACCUGACGCUGGUCUUACCAGGGACUACUCGCAGAGCCCACUCCACAGAUUCAAGAAACCUGGUAGCAAAAAUUACCAGAACAUCUACCCGCCAAGCGCCACUCUGCAUCUGUCGAACAUUCCAGCCACCGUGACUGAAGAGGAUAUCAAAGAUGCAUUCUCCAAACGGGGAUUCACAAUUAAGGCUUUUAAAUUUUUCCCGAAGGACCGCAAAAUGGCUCUGGUCCAACUGUCGUCCAUCGACGACGCAGUGACCGCGCUCAUCAAGAUGCACAACUACCAGCUCUCGGAAUCCAAUCACCUCAGGGUGUCUUUCUCCAAAUCAAGCAUCUAAACGGAUUCGACCGGACUAUCACACUGAAUAUCACACAAUACUUGGCAGUCGCGUCCGUUCUAUUGGAUCUAAACUAUAAUUGAAGAUUCUUACGGUACUGUUUGUCAUAAUUAUUUUAGAUUGUGUCGACGGAGACUCGUGUUCCAGUAACGCAUAUCAAUUCGAUGCGACUGUCAAUUACAUCUCACCUCUCAUAAAAAUCGAGAAUUUUCGCUCGACUGAAAAUUUUAUAUAUGUAUGUAUUACGCUUACUCGGAUCAGUCUAUAGAUUAAGUGCUAUUCUAUUUUCUUAUAUGAAUAACAUUUAACUGUUACAAUAUAAUUAAAUCUAAGAUGAAUCGUCACAUGAACAUUAAGCCGAAUCAUGCUUGUUUUAUCAGAAUAGUAUCUAACUUCCAUAACCGUUGUUACACAGGAGAGGAUUUCUAUUUUGUGUGAUAUUCGUUCUAAUUAUUUGUUUACGUACGUUUUUAUUCUUAUAGACAAUUCGUGCGUUGAUUUCUAUAUUGUAUCAACAUAAUUUGAAUUUAUACGAAUUAAAAUAACAGUUUUAUUUUGCAAUUAGAUUGCGCUAGAUUCGUUUGGCAAUAUUAUGUGAAAUGGAACGUAUUUUGAUAGCAAUGUAUGACAUUGCCACGCUUGUUGUUUUCAAUUCAGGAUACGGAAAUUUCCCUAAUUAUUAUUACAUUACAUUGUUAUUAUAUUCAUCGGUUACAAUAUUUACAAUAUGAUUUGCAGUUACAACUCUUGAAUUGUAUUUUAUAAAAUAUAUUUUAUUCGCUCUUAUUAAAAAUGCACAAUUUACUAUAUUAUUAUUAUAUUUUAAUAGCGUUUUCUUUAUAAAUGUAGUUUUGUGCGCAUACACAUUUUUUUUAAUUAUUAUUAUUAUUAUUUUAAAUACAGAAAUGUCAUAUUUAGAAAUGUGUAUGUGUGUGCAAUAUUAGUUGUAGAAGUAAUUGUUAAAUAAAAUAUAUUAGACACAACUGUCUUCUGCUGCCGGAUAAUCGGUGUCCAUCUUCAUGCUUCCAUACUUGUUUCGUUAUUUAGGUAAAUAUUAUCUUUGCUUCGAUAAUAUAAUAGUUAUUGACGAUUAGUUAGUGUAAUCACAGUUCUAUAGCUAAGCCUCUAGUUUUAAAUCACUUUUUAAGCGUGGCCGCUCACGUUACGUUUUCAAAUUCGGUUCUCGAACCAGGAAAUGCGAAUACGAUAAUAAUGUUUUUGUGUACUUAGUGCGAGUUUUUUAACGUUCUCGAUAGCGUAAAAGUUAGCUCAUAUUUGUAUGGAAUGGGUUCGUUUGCCUACGUUUGCCGCUAAGGGCGCUGUUCCAACUGCAUACAAAAUUGGGCUAACUUUUACGCUAUCGAGAACGUUAACAAACUCUCACUAAUCACACUAUUCACGUUUCCGUCCGGAAAAAUUCAGAACGUGUGUGUUUUUUUUUCUUUUUCCCUACUUAAUCGUUGGUAGCCUAAGCGGCUAUUUCAACAACUCACAAACCGAUAGGUGAGCUCACGGGCUCAACCUGAGAGAAUUACUCACACUGGCCCUAACAAGAGCAGUGGUUCGCUGAAUCUACCACCGGAUCGGAAUCGCGAUCCACGGAGAAAACCCGAAACUCAGUGGGUUAAGCGUGUGCGCUGUAUAGAGCACUUCAACGAAAUGCAUUGCAUUCGGAAAUCGAACACGGGUUUCCCGUUUCCCUUUCGGAACCUAAUAAGGAAAAAUGGCGUGCGCGGUUAAACUAUAACGUUAUGUUCAGUGACAUAAUAGUGACAUGAUGCAUUUAUUUCGAUGAUAAUUUAAAUUAAUGGUAGCUACAACAUUAAAUAAUGUAAAAUAAAUGCUCGUGCAUGCGUUUCACUAAACGAUUAAUUUAAGGUUAUUAUUUAUUUUGUCCCUAUACGCGGGCAGUGUGACCAGCUCGAAUGCGACAUUACAGUUGGCAGGUAAAGUCGACGCGGUCGGUCACACUACCUUACUACGGGCUCAUAAGGACUCGCAUCCAGGGCCGUAAAACUAUCUAAAGAAAAAAAAAUGGUCACACUCGCUCGUGAGAGGCGACAAGGGCGAUUGCGAAAGUAUUAGCACGAUCUGAUAUUGCUCUAAUACAUAAAUAAUUAGCAGUAUUUACACUAGGUCACAAUAGUUUACUUUAAUAAAACAGUAUUUUAGAUGAAUAACUGUCGCUCGGUUCUUCGUAUUGUAAAUAAUAUGUUCCUUUGUUUCAACUUCGGCCGCCUAAGCUUCACAUACUCUCGCACUCCGCUAAUAAAAAAAAAUCACGAUUGGUUCUCACACAUGUUCGCCUUCUUGAAUUAAUUUGAAAUGCGUCUAGUCCAAUAAGAAGGAGAUUAAUGUUUUGUAUUUUUUUUUUUCGUUAAGUAAAUUUACUGACACGGGAAAAUUUCAACACACUCUUCCGAAGGUUUUUUUUUUAAUUUAAUGAAAUUAUAUUAAAUAGAAUACCAAUUGUAGUGAGUUCGGUCUUAGACGUCUCGAAAUACGGCCUUUAGGACCUUUUUGAGUGUUCAGUUACACGUCCAGUUUAUGUGAUUAGGCAAAGCAUGCGUGGAACAGAUAUUUGAAUUUAUGUCAAAAUAAACAACGCCGUCUUCGUUUGAACCGAUUGAAUUUGAUUGAAAUGCACCUUUAUAAAAUGUAAAUUAUCGCGACCCGCCACUGUGGAGAUUCGAUUCGGAGGAAUGAUUAACCGGAGAAGGAUUAUGAAUUGUAAAUGUAAAUGUAGCGCAUUAUUUUAUCUAGCUGAUCAUUACGCACGCCACAUCAUUUAGCUCCAGAUUUAACAUAUCUACCGUAGUCACAAAAUAUCACAUAGUCACAAAAAUAUCUUUACUUUAUAAGUUAUUUCUGAAAAAAAAAAGAAAAAUAUAUAAUAACGCAUAUUUACACAAUUAAAAAAUGUAUAGUAUACAUCACUUAUCGUAAUUAAAAAUAGAGCUUAGUAAGAUGAUUUAACUAAAAAAAAAUAAAAAUAAAAAUAUUAGAUUGUCAUUACGAUUUAAGAGUUAAUAGUGAAAAUUUAAUCAUACAAAUCGUAUUAACCAGUACCUAUAUACGGUAAGAAUGUAGUUAUUCGGUUUAGAUAAUGUUAGGUGACCAGGGUGUGGUGAUAUUUUGCACGUUUUUGAAAAUGUUUUAAUAUAAGAUGCAGGAUCACGUGCCUGUGCUAUGAAACGUCUCGGAAUGUGGUACGCGACUGGUGGUGGUCUGUUUGCGAUAAAAAUGGUAAACGCAUUUGUAAUUUUAAAAAUAUUAUUAUUAUUAUUAUUAUUAUUAUUACAUAUUUAAUUGAAUAAAUAAAUCAACUAUGCAAAAAGGAACUUACAUAUCCACUAUAUAGAGUAGAACGCUACACACAAAAUUUUGAAAUUCCUAUUUAAAUUAUUUGUUCGCUUGUAUAGAUAUCACACUCAUAAUUCAUACAGUUAACACUUGUAGUGCUUCUGCUCAAUUUGUAGGGGAUUAUAUACAUAAGUGUGUAGCGUCUUUGGGCCUAAGUUUUCUUUUUACAUUGUAUUGACUAAUAGAUAAUUAUUAUAGGAAUUUAUGUGUUUAGAAAAGUAUUUUAAAUAUUUAGAUAAUAAUCUUAAUGUUAUUAAAAAUAAUAGAUCAAUGUUUAGGAUGAGAUGCCAAAUUUAAAGUCAAUACACAUUAUUUUAGGUAAAAUGAUUAAUGAAGUAAUCUUAACAUUUAUUGAAAAGUUGAUGAAAAUGUUACAGUUAAAUUAUAUUACAGAGUUUUAUUAAACGCAAUAUAUUAUGCAAUUGUAUUCAUUGUGAAUUAGAUAUUGUUUCAAUUUGUUAGUUAAAGUUGUGCAUUGAUAAUUGUGAAGUUGAUUCAGAUUUUUCUUGAUUACUUCAUUUGUUUCUGAUUCCACGUUUCCCUUAGCCAAUGCUGGUCUUAUUACAAAUUAAUACUAACUGUAUUUAUAUACUUCAUGAAUACUAGGUGUUAUUACUACAACACAUAUCUCCUCAUAUCAUCCAGUGCUUAAACUUUAUUGCGCUUCGUAAGUUUUCGUCUAUUGCCAUGUUAACUAUAUUUUUAUAUUCUUUAUUGAGAAGAAUAAAAGCCAACAUAUCAAUAAACAGAAACUUAGCUAUCAAUACUUUUCGAGUUCUUCACUUGGCUUUGAAGUUCUGUUUCCUUUCACUUCGCCGCGACACAUUAAUCUGAAUAAUCGUAUUUUUUCUUAUAUUUUAAUCGUUUGGUAAGUUAGUGUCUACUACACCUAUUUCUUUAUUUUUAAUUUUAAGCCUUUUUUGUGUGUGGUCAAUUUCAUUUUUAUUUUCAAUUUCAUAAUUAAACUAUUAUUAUCAUUGAUACUUUUUGUUCAUUAUUUUUCUCCAAUCCCAUCCUAUUACCUUUUUCCUAUUAUUUUUUUAAACUUACAAUGUACCAAUUGUAUACCGUACACCAUAGGUAACUAGAUGUUUGAGAUUGCCAUUUUCACUAAGUCCGUAUUCUGUAUGUCAGUUUCGAAAUCAAUAAAAUCAAUGUAUUAUCUUAUUAAUACCUGAAUAAAAAAUAAUAUCGUUAUUUCGGUAAUCAUUUCGUUGCGUAAUAAAUGAGAAAUCAUUGUAAAUAAAAUUUAUAAAAUAUUAAAUGGGAUCAAUAUAAUGAAAAAAAAUAUGUACAAUUAGUACACAAUUGGUAUUCUAGACUUAUUCGUACUUUAGAUCUAACUUCUAUCUGUCAUUAAUCUACACGAUCUUACACUAACUUCAAAAAGCUUCGAAGUACUACUAUAGAAAUAUGAAAUUCGUCUUGCGUUCACACGAGUGAUCUGACUAGUAAAUGAAUAUUAGGAAAUGCUUAAAUGAAUUUUUGUAAAGGAGUAAGGGACUUAAAUAUCGCCAAUGAUAAAUAUGAUAUGUUUUAUAUAAUAUUAUCAAAUGGAAUAUACUACGCACAGGGUAUGUUGUGAAUUUUUAAUGCUGUCCAGGGGCUAAGUGAAGCCCACGACAGUUAUUUUGUGUCCGUGCCACGUCCCUUAUUCCCAAAACGCGAAGAACUGAAUCAUUCCGUAUUUAAACUGUUGUCUUAGCAAAAUAUAUACAACUGCCAAUCGAAAGAGGUUUUCCCACGGGACCCGACUCACCACAAUGUCCAAGUAAGGGAAAAGAUUAUAUUAAAAUUAAACACUCAUAAUAUCAUAUCUAUUUUAGAGAUUAGAUGAUACUCAUAAAUUUAAGUAUCAAAUGUUAAGGAAAUCGGGUGAAUCUAAUACAUGGCAGUUGUAAUCUUGUUAUAUUAUCUGCAAAUGUAAAUAUAAAAUACAAUUACGUUACAUAUAGUUACAUAUAAAAAUAUAUAGUAUCUACAUACAGUAAAGAAUAACAUAAUCAUUAUUGUAAGAUUAACUAAUUAAUUGUAUCCUAUUCUAAUUUCAAUAGGUAAAUCUAGUUUAAAUCUACUAAUCGAAAUAAAAAAAAACUUCCUAGCUAACAUUAGAUUACCGUGGCUCCUUGCUAAAUAAAUGAUCGUUAAGUUGUUUAUUUUAAAUGAAUUUAAUGGUGUGCAAAUCGAAGGGUUGUGUGUAAAGUUAAAAUAGUUUAAUAGAUUUAAACAAUCGUUCAUGUAACGUAAAAAAAUUGUUUUCUCAAACGUGCACAUCUACUUUAUUUAACCUAGACUGUUCUGGAACUAUCCAAAUUCAAUAUCAUAGCGUUUUAAUCGAUAUGCCAAAGACCAAUCAUUGGGACAUAAUAACAGGGAUCUAAUACUUACCUAUUUUUUUUUUCUUUUCUCCACCUAACUUAAAUUCUCGAUAUACAUUUUAUGGACGUUACACGUUAUGAGCUCUAGCGGAAGAAUUAGUUAUAACGAGUAUUAAAUUGAAAAAUAAAACAUAUUUUGAUGAUAGCCGUUCUUGAAGAUUAAGUAAUCGUUCUGUGAAGUUCAAAGGCCUCUUGAAGCCGGAAACGCUGAUGUCUACUUUACUGCAGAUAUAAAUUAUAAUAAUAUUACACUUCUUACAAUCUAAGUGACUACCCUAUUGAACUCUAGAUUUAUUCUUUGUGAUUUUAUAAUAAAAUAUAGUUGAAAAUUAUGA